ACUUCAGCACUUUGACACCGGAAGUCGUAAUGUUAUGGUCGCGCCUUAUUGGCUGAUGAAGAGCGGUAGUGCCAGAAACAAAAAAAUAUGUGGAAAAAAUGCGGACGUUUUUACCUGCAGUAGCAGAGCAACUUUUCCGAGACAUCCAGAAAAUAUACGAAGAGACGACGCAAAUACCCGAUGACCUACUUAUUGCGCUGAAGUUUGUCUUCGGGACUUGUGCGCUGCAGGCGUUGGACCUGGUUGACCAGCGCUCCGUCACGUGUCUGUCCUCUCCCAGCGGUCGAAAAGCCUUCCAGGUCAUUGGAGGCUCAGGCCGUUUGUACACUUGCUUCUUGUCCUGUCACUACUGUCCCUGCCCGGCGUUCACCUAUACCGUUCUACGCAGAAACCAAGGUCUGCUGUGCAAACACAUCCUGGCCGUCUACCUGUGUCAGGCUAUGGCUGUGACCCAACAGGAGAGCGUCUCUGACCAGCAGAUGUCCGCGGUGCUGAGCGGGACCGGGGGCCCGUAGCAGCCCCACAUGGCCGCCUCUCUGGCCUGCUGUAUUUAUCUGAAAGAUAACAGAUUCUACAUUUUUUCUUUUUUUGAAAUGUUCUUGAUCUCAAAUACUUACAGCUUUAUUUUUAGUUGCUUUUUAUCUGCAGCUCCAUCAGUUAUGGAGUGAGAGAACAUCUGGACACCGAGGUCACUUCCAAACCAUCUCACUGCACAGUCAUGAUUUUUUUUUUCUCACGCGCUGCUACUAAAUAUAAAAUCGUCACUGCUUUAAAAUGUGGGAAUAAAAUCCGACCUUACCAAUAUAAACAUUGCCUUUAUUAACAAAAUAAUUCACCAUACAUACAGUUUGCAUCAUGUUAAACAGUUGUGGUUUUGUGUUGAACGAAUGAACUUUCGUCCAAAAGUUGGACAUCAGCUUGACCACAGUGGAGGCAUUUUUCCUGAUUAGUAACAGGAUGGCACACAGACAAAUGGGUACUUGGGAAUGAAAGGCAGGAAUGUUGAACUUGCCAUUGUUCGCAUUACCUUUUAAAAUAAGAAAUCAAGGCAACAGUUUGACAUCAAGCAGAAAGCCAGACAGCUACAGUACUUA